AUGUCCUAUGCUAAUGGUGAAACUGGUGGACACCCAAGGCAUCACUUGUCCAAGCGUGUCAGUCCUCAGGUGGGAAAGCUAAACGGGCCCCCAAAGGCUUCAAAUCGGCUAGAAAUGAGGACCAACUUCAACAAUAUGGAGUAUUCUUCUGUGGCUCCUAAUCCAGAUUCACUGGUGACAAACGGAUCGAAGGUUCUUCCAGAUACUGAAGAGGACAAUUCACCGGAUUCUGCUUUCCAAAUAAAUAGCGAAUCUAUCAGACGCCAUGAGGUUCAGCAAACCUACGCUCCUAAAUGUUUUUAUGGCCCACGUUUAACAAAAACUAGCAUGCAAGGAGACGUGUACAAUUUCUUGGAGAGGCCUACAGGAUGGAAAUGUUUCAUUUACCAUUUUACCGUAUUUCUGCUGGUGCUGGUUUGUUUAAUUUUCAGUGUUCUGUCUACUAUAGAACAUUAUGCAGAAUUUGCCACCGGAACGCUUUUUUGGAUGGAAAUAGUCUUGGUGGUGUUUUUUGGUGCUGAAUAUGUGGUGAGGCUCUGGUCUGCAGGUUGCAGAAGCAAAUAUGUUGGUAUCAAAGGACGAAUGCGUUUUGCCAGGAAGCCAAUAUCGAUAAUAGAUCUCAUAGUUGUGAUAGCUUCCAUUAUUGUUCUGAGCGUGGGAUCAAAUGGACAGGUGUUUGCUACCUCUGCAAUAAGGGGAAUCCGGUUUCUGCAGAUCCUUCGCAUGCUUCAUGUAGACCGACAAGGUGGGACUUGGAGACUCUUGGGGUCUGUGGUAUUCAUACAUCGUCAGGAACUCAUAACUACCCUGUACAUUGGAUUCUUGGGCCUAAUCUUCUCAUCGUAUUUUGUCUACCUUGCUGAGAAAGAUGCUGUGGAUGAAAAGGGACAAACUGGGUUCUCCAGCUAUGCUGAUGCUCUGUGGUGGGGAGUGGUGACUGUGACAACAAUUGGCUACGGGGAUAAAGUGCCACAGACAUGGAUCGGCAAGACAAUCGCCUCCUGUUUCUCUGUGUUUGCAAUCUCAUUCUUUGCUCUGCCUGCAGGGAUUCUGGGAUCAGGAUUCGCCCUUAAAGUCCAACAGAAACAGCGCCAGAAACAUUUCAACCGGCAGAUUCCUGCAGCGGCAUCUCUAAUUCAGACUUUGUGGAGGAGCUACGCAGCAGAGAAACCUCAGGGCUGCCUGGCCACCUGGAAGAUCUAUAUUACGCCAACUCAGAACUCAAAGAAAACAGCAUCACCGCCCAGCCCAAAUCUCCGAAAACAGAGUAAAAGAUAUAAAAGGAAAGGGAAAUCCGGGCGUGAUAAUGGUUUGACAUCUAUAAAUCCAGGGGACACGGCAUUAUCCGUUCCUCAGAUUACUUACGACUUCAUUGAUGAUCAAGAAGACAAGAAAGAAUUGAAUUUCUACCUUGAUGAACCUGGAGUCAAGAAACAUUUGGAAGGCAACAGUGGUGGGAUGUCGAGAGCCAGCAGCUUCACUGAAGAUGUGGACCUGACAGCUGAAGAGGCCCUUCUGCCUGCUGUAACAGAUGUCUCACAGUUAACAGAAACCCAUCGUGCGGCUGUCAAGGUCAUAAGGAGGAUGCAGUAUUUUGUAGCUCGAAGGAAAUUUCAGCAAGCUCGGAAGCCUUAUGAUGUCCGUGACGUCAUUGAACAAUACUCUCAAGGACACCUCAAUAUGAUGGUUAGGAUAAAAGAACUCCAAAGAAGGCUGGAUCAUUCCCUCGGAAAGCCUGGCCUGUUUCUUCCAGAAAAGGGGAUAGACAAAGGCUAUUACACAAUGGGAGCCAGACUGAUUAGACUGGAGGAUAAGGUCACCCAGAUUGACCAAAAAUUACGUGACAUCUUGGAUGCUCUUCAGAGUCAGCUUGGGAAGCAGUCACUGGUUCCGGCUUCCUCUUCCUCCAAGUGA